AUGUUCUGCACUGGAGCUCUGUUGCCGUGCAUCCUCUUCUGCGUGACAGACAUCUCGGCGCCGCCCUGCCGCCAUUUGGAUUAUCUGCCGAGAGCCCAUUGCCUUAGCGCGUGGGGGGUUGCUGCGACUGACGAAGCCCCGCUGACCGGCUGUGCGCACUGCAGCGUGUGCGCUGGGGGCGCCCCUGUGGGAGCUGUGAGCGGCGCCGUAUCGGCUCGCGGCGGGGGCGUGGCUGGUGGCUGGGGUCUGCCCACCGGCUCGUCUGCCCACCGGCUCGUCUGCCACCGGCUCGUCUGCCCACCGGCUCGAUCCCCACGGCUUGUCUGCCACCGGCUCGUCAUGCCCACCGGACUCGUCUGCCCACCGGCUUCGUCUGCCACCGGCUCGUCUGGCCCACCUGGCUCGUCUGCCCACCGGCUCGUCUGCCCCACCGGCUCGUCUGCCCCCCCGGCCUCCGUCUGCCCCCCGGCUCGUCUGCCCCCCGGGCUCGUCUGCCCCCCCGGCUCGUCUGCCCCACGGCUGUCUGCCCCCUGCUCGUCUGCCCCAGGCCGCUCUGCCCACCGCUCGUCUCCCCCGGCUCGUCUGCCCCCCGGCUCGUCUGCCACCGGCUCGUCUCUGCCCACCGGCUCGUCUGCCCACCGGCCUUCGUCUGCCCCCCGGCUCGUCUGCCCCACCGGCUCGUCUGCCCACCGCUCGGUCUGCCACCGGCUCUGUCUGCCCACCGGCUCGGCUGCACCACCGGCCUCGGUCUGCCCACCGGCUCGUCUGCCCACCGGCUCGUCUGCCACCGGGCUCGUCUGCCCAACCGGCUCGUCUGCCAGCGGCUCGUCUGCCCAGCGGGCUCGGGGAGGAGCCGGCCGCGAUGCAGCACGGCAGCAAGAGCAGCGCGUCUUCGGCGUCGUGCGUGCGCGCGGGGGCGUGGCUGAGGGCGCUGGCGGCGGCGGCGACGAUGGCGGCAAUGGUGGGGGCGGGGUCGAGGGCGACCCGCCGGGCCGCGUUCGCCGGCAGGUGACGUUAGGCGCCGUCACUCCCCGCGUGGUCUUCCUGCACGUCCGCCGCCGCGGCCCCGCCUCCGCCGCUGCCGCCCCCGACAGCGAGGACGCUUUAAGCAUCAUCCACACGCUGCAUGCGAUUGGUUGCGAGCGUUGUUGCCGUUGGUGGUUACGCCGCCGCCGCGCCGCCGCGACCGCCCGCGUUUCAGUGUGCAUGCUCCAAGUAUACUACACACGUUGCAGCCAGUCGCGUGCGACACUUGCCAUAAGGGCCGGUGUCACCGCCACCGCCGCCGCCGUCGGGAUGUCAUUACUACCUGCUUUUGCAUGGGCGUGGUCCCAAGGAUCCUACACACGUUGCAACCGGUUGCAUGCGACAGCUGUGCUGUCACUAUCAGUAUACCGCGGACUUUCGAUUUCAGAGGAGCAUUAUUGCUUUCAACAACUGACACAAGCUGCAAGCGAUAGCGUGUGGCGGUCCUGUUAG